ACCGCAUGGGAACAAUGCCCAGUACUAAACAAUGUGUUGGACGAGUGCCCAACGCGGACUCAGUGAACUCGGCAAGUAGCGCAUAUAUAAGCCUGGAAAGUCCCCAGUUCGGGGAGUCUGCUCCGGGUUAAGCUAAUCGCCGAGCGUGGGUCACGGGCGGCACCUCCGCAGAACUGACGGCUCCCAGUUCCAGUAAUUCGUGGAAUCCGGAUCAUGGCAUGGUGGUGGGCCCUGAAUGUGCUAUGGACUGUUGGAAUCCUGGGUCGGAGUAUGUCAAGACCCGGGUCGGAAGAAACGAAACACAAUGCUGGUGCUCUGGGACAGAUCGUCAGCUGGGAAGCCAGUGACCAAGAGCGAAGGCAGGACAAUUUUACGUGCCCCUCCGGACAACGAUGUGACAUUAUGACUAUCACCAGCAAUUGCACGUUGUAUCGAUGCAAGGGCAGCUUUGAGGAUGCAAACACAACAGUGGCCCCGGGCUGCGCACUGACCAUUCACACCCGGGUGAAUAUGUGUUCCGAAGGACAGUGUCAUGAGGGUGGUAUUGAAUGGACUAUUAUUACCGCCAACGACGAAAUGAGGAUUACCAAUGGGACGCCAAUCACUGGCAGAGGCCCAAUGGACUGGUUAAUCAGGGGAGAGUCUGGCAUCCCAAAACAUCAACCACCUUCCGACUGCCAGUCAUACCCGAAUGUAACCCUAAACGGCGACGACGGGCAUGGUACGAUACCUUGUUAGGAGGGGCAGGGACAGUAAUGGGGAUAUCCAAUGCUAUAGACUCUGAAGUGACCCGUACUAAAUUAUCCAGUACGGGGCAAGCAACUGCACAAGGCCUGUACACUAUUGGCCGAUGGAUGCCGUCGGCCAUGAUGACGCAGGAAGAGACUGCACGAAUUUUGCUGCAUUCCUUAAAAUGGGAAUUGGACGUGUGGGAUUCGACUCAACGGCUGUUCCAAAAUUUUACUGUACAGAUGAACUGGACAAUUUGCGGUAUCCAAAUGCUGCAUGCACAUUUGCAAAAAGAACGAUUUUUACGAAUAGUCACUUCGCCUAAUGUUCAGGCCUGGCGAGGGGUGUGGAACGUAUCUGAGAAAUUAUGGAUGAACACCUAUCCGGACAAAACAUGGUGUAAUGCAACGCUGUGUAAAGGACAUUUUGCAACCUUGAAUGUAACUGAUUUUGUGACGGUGUGCCGAUAUUACGUAUUGCCGGUCAUUACAUCUGAUGGAUAUUACUUUCUCAAAACAAAAGGGAAUUGGUUCAGUCCGGACACCAAUCUUACCUAUGACUUGUCCGCGUGUGAGCAGGCGGAUCAAGGAAAGGCCUGUCUGUUGAUGGAUCGAUAUCGAGACCCGUGCCUUACAGAAGACACGGCUUUGUGUGAAUGGAUGAUUGAGGCACCCCGAGAUAUGAUGUGGCAGAUUGGUCCCCAUACGCUCUGUGUGGCCACUAGUCAUGCCCAUGCCUAUCGAUGGCGGUGGCAGAACCAUACUUACCUAUUGACCAAUUACAGCGGAACGCAACACCUCACCACUAUGCAGUGGCAGGUAUGGCUGCACCCUUGGAGUAUCUCGCUAGAGCGUUUUAAACAGGCCCUCGAUCGCUCGGAAGAGCUAAAGCAGAUAUUGCGACAACAUCAAAUCAAUGUUACCCGGGUGACUGUGUCCACCUUUAUACAUGGCCAAAAGGUAGUACACGCUGCUCAUGUAGUAGAGGUGGAAUCCGCCCAUCACUGGUGGGAUCUGUUCAAUGGGCUGUCAACUACGGCACGACGUUCCCUAUUUCCUCCGUUGUUCAUUUUAAUCGGAGUUUUAGUGAUUCUGACCUGUUGUAAUAUACUGACCUGUACGUAUGUUUGCCGUGUGCGGCAGCAACUGGAACAAAACAUGUACAUGUUAUAACAAUGUAUUGCUUAUUAUUAUGUAUUUGUAUAAUCGUUACAUGUAUUGGGCCAAUCAGUGGAAUGUAAUAUAAGGGGUUAACAUGGUGUCCCAAUACAUGCAAGAUUGGAUCCAGGCACCAGUUGACCUUGAACACAAGACGUUGCUAAGAGACUUCCUGUUAUCUACUGAAGGGAGUCGGAGCCGAAACCGCAUGGGAACAAUGCCCAGUACUAAACAAUGUGUUGGACGAGUGCCCAACGCGGACUCAGUGAACUCGGCAAGUAGCGCAUAUAUAAGCCUGGAAAGUCCCCAGUUCGGGGAGUCUGCUCCGGGUUAAGCUAAUCGCCGAGCGUGGGUCACGGGCGGCACCUCCGCAGAACUGACGGCUCCCAGUUCCAGUAACUCGUGGAGUAACUUAAAUACAGCAAUCGAAGGAACAGCGGUGACAUCUGGAAUUCCCACAAGAUGAACUGAGGAGAUUUAUGAUUUCAGCACCCACCUCAUGUAUAUGUGGCUAAAGAACUCAGGUACUGAUACUGGUAUAAAAACAUGGUGGCGUUGUGUGGUAGCAUGCAGUUUCACCCCAUGAGUUAUCAUUCCUGGCCAUGCGCUGAGGGGAUAGUGGCAAGCAGAACCGCCACAACAGGGAUCGAUGGAAAAUUAGAGAAAUAAUCCUGAGAAUCCGUUAUGGAGCUCCUGACCCAGGCCAAGACUGCAGUGGCGGGGCCACAGGGAGUGAGUCUUCCUGCCUUUUUGACUGGGCAAAUGUGUAUGGACGUAGAGAGAAAGUCAUAAACCAUAGUAGGGAUGUAUUUUACUGACUGAAACUGUCGGGUUGUGAUUCCAAAUCAGAGCAAUUCCAUCAUCUUUAUAUUUUGACGGUUACAGAAUGCCUCAGAUUGCAAGCUUGUCAUGUCAAUAACAGAAAGCAUUUUCAUUAUUGAUAAAAGUUGCACACCUGACCUUCCUCAAAGCUAUCAGCCCAGGGCUUCCAGUUUCUGGAUGGUCGGAAGAUGUACUACAGGACCUUUCGGAAAUCCCAACGCAAGGACUCUGCGGGAACUGCCCAGGAAGUUUCAACUUCCAAUGGGAAAUUCCCCUGCUCCCCAGGAUCCUCUGAAAAUGUCUUCAACUCUUAGUUAGAGUCAGAGACUUUGGAGGGUUCUGACAUUACCUGAAUUGUUACUCAGGAAAUGUUAGACUGAAAAGAAACCAGGUCUAACUUCUGGGUAACUAUACAAUUGACACCCACUCCUCCUGAUCCUCCAACUGACCCCACCGUACUCGACCUCACCACUCUACCCUCUCCACGCCAUCCUACCCAGUUACCUCAUUCACACUCAUCCGCUAACACAGUGAAAAGCUAUUUACAGCAAACUACAGCAGCUAAUGCCAUAAAAAAGACUUGGCUUCUCCUGAUGAUCUGCCCCUGAUGGAGGACGACUCCAAAAACAGGUACUCUCUGCAUUUUUGAGGAGGCCCGAUUCAGUAUUCUGGGCCAGAAACGCAGAGCUCCAACAUUGUGUAAGGAAAUAGGAGUAAAGUGGCAAUCUGAUGGAAGAUUCUGCCCAUCAUUUCUUAUUCAUAAACUUUGCGUAAUCUGGAUAGACUGGCAAACAGACUGUGGAGCUUUUCAUAAUCCAUUCUUGAAAUGCAUAAUAUGAAAACUCCCACGCAGAGGUAUGUUGCAAAACACUUUUGAUCAAUUGAAAAUUGGCAAGAGGUUAGCUGGAGAGAUUUUGAAUUCGAAAUUCAGAAAUGGCACAAUUUGCUGGCUGCAUUAUUUCAGUUACAUAUUAAUAAUCAUUCUCAUGCGUUACACAUUUAUUCUAGAAACUGUUCUUUAACUUUUUUUUCAUGGUACAAACAUACAUACUUCUUGAUAUAUAGUAUGGUGCUGUUCUAUUAGUAAUAAAUACCAAAAGCCUCAAAUACAGUCAAAAAUUGUGGUAACAAUUUUAAUAAUCCGAUUUCCAGAAUUAGAGGGGCAGUAAUGAAUCAAAAUUGGUCCAAAUCAGCCAAAUUUAAAUUUAUAAGACACAAGUGCAUCUUUUACAUUUAAAAAAAUGAUAAUUAUUACAACAGCUCAGUUAGUAAAGAUUCAGAAUCUCAAAUUCAAUUCAUAGUCUGUGCUAAGUUUGUUUACCUCAGCCAUGGAAGACAUUAGGAUACUAAUGAUAAGUGAUCUCAGCUGAAUGAAGAGAAAGAUUUGGGAGUGUCACCCCUGACAGAAAUGAAUAGCACAGAGGAACCUUGCAGAGUAUAUGUCAGUCAGGAACGCAUAGGAGACACAAUGUGUUGAACAAAUCAUCAGAUACAAUGGAUGUAACCUUACCAAAAGCAGGUACACAGGCAUGCUAAGGGAGCUUAGGCUCUGCAGGGAGCUCCAGAUCAAUAAACCUGUCUCCGAAUCAAGAUCCUGGAACUCCCUUCCUAACAGCAUUGUGGGUGUUCCUACAACACAUAGACAGCAGCAGUUCAAGGCGGCAGCUCACCACCACAUUCUCAAGCGCAAUUAGGGUUGGCAAUAAAUCCUGGUCUAGCCAGUGAUGCCCACAUCCCAUAAAUGAAUAGAAAAAAAAAGUCAUUUGCACAGCAUUACUAGUGGCAGUGAAGAUCCUCACUGUCCUGAACUUUGAUGCAAUGGUGUAAUUCUAGGAAUGCACAAGGGAAUCACAUGAAUCAGGUGCUUCACCGUCCACUAUUUCAUUAUGGAAAUAGCUGAAGCCCAUUUCUGGCAUGAACUCACCAACAUACACUUCAGCAGACGAAGUUGAGGUUUCUCCAAAAUGCUGACUUGUCCAAGGUACAGGGCAUCAUAUGCAUGUAGCCAUCUGUGCCCUUACUAGCAGUCCAAUGAGAAACCUAAAUAGGAAAGCUAUUAUUCCAUCAACCUGCUAGUAAUAUGUGUAACGUCUGCCAGAAGAUAUUGCAUAUCACCGCAUGGGCUACUCAUGAUGUUUUCAUGGUGAAGCAAUUGAACGUGAAGCUCUUUGAAGGAGAAGGAAGGACGGGCAGAUGGUUUCCGUGAGAAUGGGGCUACAUUCUUGCUGAUGACGGUUUUGCAAAACUCCCGACCUAAAAUCCAGUUCCUCAUCAUAGUCAACUUCGAGUUGAUACAACCUGUGCACCAAUGGCAUGUUUUUUGCUUCCCAAAUAUGCUAAGGAGCACCUUCGCCAGGCCAGAAAAUCUCAUCCCGCCUCUCCAGUCCACAGUCAACCAAAAUGCCAUUGUCACUGAAAUGAGCUUUACGUACCAACUUUGCAGAGUUUUUGCUCGGAAAUGUUAAUUAUUUCAAGUUUUAAAAACUUCACAACUGAAUUAUUCUCAUCAUUUUGACCAGUUCAAUGAUUUGUUAGCUGCUUGCUAAGUAUUAAAAGAUCAUUAAUU